CAAUACCACAUGGAUCUCACCUGUCAUUUUUCGUUUUAUAUAUACCACCAGUCCUAUACACACACACCCCCCUAGGCCCCUAUCUCUAUUCUACAACAACACUUGUACGCCCAUCACUGAUCCUCACGUCUAGACAACAGCAUAUCCUCCACAGAAACACGACGGAGCUUAACCACUUACAACGGAAUUAGUAGAAUUUGUAGCGAGGAAAAAUCAUGUCGCAAUUGCAAUCGCAAUCACACUGCUGCACGCAGUGUGGUUCCAAUGGCCAUGACUCUCGUUCUUGUUUAACGGCUGCAGAUGAUUCGUCUUCCGACGUCUCUGGCAUCGGCGCCGGGGAGAUCAUGUUGUUUGGCGUGAGAGUGAAGGUUGAUCCGAUGAGGAAAAGUGUGAGUAUGAAUAAUCUCUCGCAGUAUGAACACCCUGCCACUCGAGAAUCGUCUAAUAAUAACAUCGAUGUCUCCGCCACCGUCGCUGUUGCUGCUGACACCGGCUACGCCUCCGCCGACGAUGCCGUUCGCAACCAGUCUAACGGUAGCAGGGAGCGCAAACGAGGAGUUCCAUGGACCGAGGAUGAACACAAGCUGUUCCUCCUAGGGCUGCAGAAAGUCGGCAAAGGAGACUGGAGAGGAAUCUCAAGGAAUUUCGUCAAGACUCGUACCCCAACACAAGUUGCCAGCCAUGCUCAGAAAUACUUCCUUCGCCGGAGCAACCUCAAUCGCCGCCGCCGUAGAUCUAGCCUAUUUGACAUCACUACAGAUUCGGUUGCUGUUAUGCAAACAGAAGAACAACAAGUUCAUGACGUCGAGAAAACUCAAGCGGUUGUGCAACCAUCCAUACCAUCUUCAACCUUUCCGGUGACUGUAUCUCCAGUACACUUUGAGAAUCAAGUCAACAACGGAUCAAUGCUACUCAUUCGCUCAAUCCCUGUCUUCCCAACUCCGAAUCCAUCAACAAUGGUGGAUCUUAAUCUAAAUCAGAAAUACGAAACCAGUCCAUUACCAGUAUCUUUAAAUCUUUCCCUAUCAUUCGACCAUAACCAUAAUCAGUCAUCUUAUCAAGUGAUCUCAGGGUUCAACACGGGAGAUGGCAUGAUCAGUGUUGCUUGAACAAUGAACAUCAUCUCAUCUGAAAGAGAAGGAAAAAU